AUGUCCUACUAUAUAUCUAUUCGUAAUUUGUUUUGUCUAUUAAUACAGCUUUCCAUCUUCGGCAACGUUGUUGCUAGCCCGUACCCCUACCAACGUGUGUCCCGUCACAGCGUCGACAAUCUCGAGGACUUCACACAAUGGGACCACAAGGAACUCUUUCCUCGCGCCGGAGAGUGGCUGCGAAUCAUGCCGCUCGGUGCUUCUAUCACUGAUGGCCAGCGCGGUGACGGCCAAACAUCCAAUGACGUAUCUCACAACGGGUACCGAAAGCCACUCAGGGACCAGCUCAGAUCGCGUGGCUACAAUGUCAAUAUGAUCGGAUGUGUAUCCUCUGGACAGAUGAGAGACAAGCAGCAUGAAGGCCACCGCGGCUUUCUUAUAACUGAAGUCGCGGCGAAGGUCUCCUGCGCUAUCGACCAGAAGCCUAAUCUUGUCUUGAUCAAUGCUGGCACGAACGAUGCCCUACGCGCCGAUCAAAACGGAGGUGCCUCCUUUGCACAAGGAGCCCAAGGUCGCAUGAAAGACAUGAUCGAUGACAUUCUCUCCCUGGUUCCCGACGUGACCGUCAUCCUAUCGACAUUGCUUCCAAACGGCAAUGCCGCUGCAAACAACUAUGCGGGCACCAUUAAUGCAGGAUUCCGUAGUCUCGUCACUUCGUAUCAAUCUGCGGGCAAAAAGGUUCAACUUGCCGACAUGAACACCGGUUUUAUUGUCCAAUCAGAUCUUCCAGACGGUACUCACCCAACUGACGCAGGGUACAAGAAAAUGGCUGCAGUCUGGGAUAAAGCUUUCGUGGCAGUGGUCAAUAAAGGUUGGAUCAAGAAUCCCAUCAAUACUGGAAAGCCCGAUGAUGUCUACGAUUGCAAUACCUCACCGGCCAGUUUCAGCGCGGCUACUCAGACCCAGCGCGGCAGUGGAGCGGACGAUGGCACCUACGCUCAUGCUUCACAAGGUAUGGGCGUCGUGACGUCCGACUCGUUGCACGAGAACAGUAAUUCCGCGACCAAGGGCCAAUGGGUCAAGAACUAUCACUUCGCACAGCUUGUCAACCCUGUUGAUCGCGGUCAGGAAACUGAUGAGCUCGUCCGCAUUCUUGAUACCCUGCAACCAGUUGCCGACACUGGUCUUCCAAAAUUUUCUUUCAAGCAGAACAACGGAGGAAGCUUUGCCUCUAGCUGGACGACCUUCGAUCCUAAGAUGGGUUGCAACAACCGUGGUGCGCACUGGGGAGAUAUCAACAAUGAUGGCUUGGAUGACUUCAUCUGCAUAAGUCCUGAGGGCAACAUGUACGUGUCUAUCAAUAAGGGUGGUAAUCCUCCAACGUUUGAAUACCUUGACAACGUCAAACCUGGGGAAGCGACCCAAGAGUUCGUGCGUCUUGGCGACAUCGAUGGUGACGGCCGGCUUGACUAUUGCGUCAUCAAAGGUACAGGCCUGUACUGCUGGCGCAAUGCGGGUGUCGCGGACAAACCGACCUGGGAGACAAUGGUCGGAGGCGUCGCAUUUGAUAUUGCAAACAUCGGAGAUGCAGCCAGCAUCCGUCUAGUGGACAUCAACGGUGACUUCAGAUCCGACAUUAUCUCGAUAACUGCCAUCGGCAAGACCAGAAUCUUCAUCAAUCAACGUGGCACGAAGGAAGAUGGUCCAGGACUGAAGCCUCAUUGGAUCGAAGCUUCUGCAGCGCACGGUGGAGGCUUUGCCGACAGAACCGUGGACUACUUCAAAUUUGGCAGAAUCUACGGAUCGGGUCGAGCUGACUACAUCGCUGUCAAGGAGACCAACGUAAAAGACGGUUCGACAUGGAAACACACAUACGAUUUCGAGAUCUACAAGAAUACUGGAAACGGUGGUAAGAAAGUCAAGGGAGUAAGUCAAUACCAUGCCCUACUGAUCAAUGACAUUGCUGACAGAGCACAGGAUGGUGUGUACUACUGCGACAUGUUCGGUAGAGGUCACGACGACUACCUCUGGGUCUACGAGGCUGGCAACGUCAAUCUCUUCGAGAACACCGGCAACCUCCCGAACUGGAAAGGGCACGACGAGAUUUUCAACGUCGGCCGCGACCGAAAGGGCAUUCACUUUGGGGAUUGGAACGGCGAUGGCCUCUGUGACAUUCUUUCCGUUGACAAGAAGUCCGGUGCAGUCGACUGGUGGGAGAAUACCUGGGAGGCUACCAAGGUAUCCCCUACGUUCGCCUACAGGGGUCAGGCCAUUGCAGGAAACUGCGCCCAAGGAUGGGGUGUCUCUCGGUACGACUUGGGCGUACGAUUCGCUGACAUCGACGGCGACGCACGCGUCGACUAUCUCUGUCUCGACACGGCCGGCACAACGAGUGCUAUCCUCAAUACCGAGAAGGGUUUCUCGAACGUCGGCCAGGUCAAAUACACCGUUGGCAAGGACCGUGCAGAGACCCGAUUCGCCGAUGUCAACAACGAUGGAAAAGCCGACUAUCUCACUGUGGACAAGAAAACUGGUCAGGUGUCUGUUUACGCUAAUCAGGGACAGAACAAACAGGCUAUGUCUGUUCAGGGUGUCGGAGACAGCUCCUUUACUUGGGUCGAACAGCAGGGCAUAUGGAUGGAUGGUGUUGAUCGUGGUGCGAACAUGUUCUUCGCUAGGAUGGUCAGUAUUGUCUGA